UCGUUAUUUUAUGUAUGGAAUCCAUAUGGGGUAGGAAAAGGAGUGGUCGGAUAUUCUUGGAAGAAACCGGUUCUGUUGGCCAAAAGUUUGGUAGGCUAAAGAAUUCAAUCUUUGCUGAAGAGGAUUCUUCAAUGGCAGCGGACAGUGGCUCUCCGUACAAUGACUCAUCAUCAUCUCCUCUCAGAAAAUCUCCAUGGUCAUUUCAUGUAGCCAGUAAUUGCAAUUCUUCAGCUAUUGAAGACACUAACUUUUCUCCUAACAUGCUGAUGGGUUCAUUGAUACGUGAAGAAGGACAUAUAUAUUCCCUGGCGGCCUCUGGGGAUAUGUUAUAUACUGGUUCUGAUAGCAAGAACAUUAGAGUCUGGAGGAAACAGAAGGAGUUUUCAGGGUUUAAAUCGAAUAGUGGAUUGGUGAAAACUAUAGUCAUUGCGGGAGAGAGGAUCUUUACGGGUCAUCAAGAUGGGAAGAUUCGAGUAUGGAAGAUUUCUAACAAAAAUUCUAGUGUUCAUAAACGGGUUGGGACGUUACCAACUUUCAAAGAUUAUUUAAAGAACUCCAUCAAGCCUAGUGGUUAUGUUGAAGUGAAGAGCAAUCGUAGCGCGGUAUGGCUCAAACAUUUGGAUGCUAUAUCUUGCCUUAGUUUGAAUGAAGACAAAACGUUAAUUUACUCCGCUUCUUGGGAUAAAACAUUCAAAGUUUGGAGAGUUUCGGAUUCAAAAUGUUUAGAAUCCAUUCAAUCUCAUGAUGAUGCAGUUAAUUCCGUUGUUGCAGGAUUCGAUGGGUUAGUGUUUACAGGUUCAGCUGAUGGAACAGUCAAGGUUUGGAGAAGAGAGUUACAAGGAAAAGGAACCAAGCAUUUCUUUUCACAGACAUUGUUGAAACAAGAAUGUGCUGUUACAGCAUUAGUUGUGAAUCCUGACGCUACAAUUGUUUACUGUGGAUCAUCAGAUGGGCUGGUUAACUUUUGGGGACGUCAAAAUCAUCUCUCCCAUGGUGGCGUUUUGAGAGGCCAUAAAUUGGCUGUUCUGUGUUUGGUAGCAGCUGGGAAUCUUGUAAUCAGUGGAUCAGCUGAUAUGGGAAUUUCUGUGUGGAGAAGAUCAGGAAGCGAGCAUUUGUGCUUGUCAAUGUUAACUGGCCAUACCGGUCCUGUUAAGUGCUUGGCAAUAGAAAGAGAUCAUGAAUCAGCAUCUGAUGAGAUACGGUGGAUCCUUUACAGUGGUAGCCUAGAUAAGUCCGUGAAGAUAUGGCGCAUAUCGGAGCGAGCACCGCCAAUGAUGCAAAGCCAGAACCAACUUUAUUCAUCAGACAGCAAACGUAUGCAGAACUCAUUGACAGUGGCUCCCAGCUUCUCUUCUCACGGCAGAAUUAGCCAGAGAAAGUAAUAGUGAAGAGUUUCAACCCUUGGGCACGGUCAUUUCUGGGAAAGGAUUCAGGUUGUGAUAUUUGAUAUGUAACCAGGGUUGAUUGGAUUAUUAACAUUAAAGGAUAAUGGUUGUGAUUUGAAGUGAAAAUUAAGUAUUUAAGAUGCCCAUACCCGAUUCAAUUGAUCGAUGAAAAUGUAUUUACUAACUUUUUUCUUCUACAAACACCAAACUUGAAUUCAAUUCAAAGUUGUGCUUAGACCAAGAUCUCUAUUAGCCUAUCAUGGUACCAUGGCUCUCAAAUCUCAAUACAAUUUCAGUUUCCUUGCUGAGUUUCAUGUCUGCUUGUUUCUUUGACCAAUAUUUUUUAGUCUUAGAUUGGACAAAUACAGAAGGGGUUCGAAGAUAUCACCCGAAGUGCUUGUCUUAAAAUUG